GCAGACGAGUACAAGAGAUAAGACAUGGCUCACUUCAGACGCAAUUGGCUCACGUUCGGACGCGAUUGACACAACCACACCGCGUGCAGCACCAUAUAACAGAUCAUCACCAUGAUGAAGAACUUUAGCGUUGCUAUCAACUGCCCCUUGCCAGCUGAGAUAUCGAUCAAGGAUGUCAAACGGGGCAUCCAGAGGCUCAGCGGGACGUUCCAUGAACGGGUCCUCUCAACCACCGACGUGUUAUGCACUUCUGAGGAUCGCGACCGAGAUUCACCACAGACUCGCCUCCAGGUGGCACGGCAAGGCGGUGUCACUGUCUCUUUCGACUGGCUUCAAGAUUCAUUCGCAGCUGGCCGCUUUGUGGACCCCCUUGAAUAUCCCAUCUCUCAAGAACCAUGGACCCUUCGCGGGGAGGAUGAGGAAAACAGUGAGAAAGAAAUUGAGGAAGAGAGCGGGGAAGCGAUUGUGGGAGAAGUUGAGGAAGAGAGCGAGGAAGAGAGCGAGGAAGAGAGCGAGGAAGAGAGCGAGGAAGAGAGCGAGGAAGAGAGCGAGGAAGAGAGCGAGGAAGAGAGCGAGGCGCAACGCGUGGAAUGCUGUGGCAAUAUCACCAUCCUACUCCGAAUUCUCUACUUCCGUGUGAUGAAGGCGGUCGAAAAAGAAACGGAGGGCGAGAGUGACGCAGAGCGCAUGGAAUGCAUUGACCAUAUCAAUGCUAUAUUUCGUUGCUUAGAAGCUACCUUGUCGACAGCGGUUGGGGAAAACAUGGAAGGCAAGAGUGAGGCAGGAAGAGAGUGACGAGAGUGAGGAGAGUGAGGAAGACCGUGAGGAAAGUGAGGAAGACCGUGAGGAAAGCGAGGAAGAAACCACCCUGGCUCGAUUCGACCCCGGGAGGCCUUUGUAUAACUGUGGCAUUGUCGUAGCCGACGAAUCCCCUUAUAUGACCAAGGCGCAGCUUGAGAAAGAAGUCGUUCAUCUUGGAGGGGUAUCAUUAUUUAGUCUCUCGAAGGAUACUACUCACUUUGUGGCCUCGCGAGCGACAUACAACAAGCUUCCGCAAGCUGU